CGCACCCAAAAGGCUCUAAGGUAUCAGCACCAGUCAAAGCCUGAAGUGCAAAAGGCAGUGCCACCUAUUGAAGUCCCUGCACUGUCUUUGGAUGAACUGAAAGAGAAAACCGACAACUUUGGCUCAAAGGCAUUGAUUGGAGAAGGAUCAUAUGGAAGAGUUUAUUUGGCAAACCUAAACAAUGGAAAAGCUGUGGCUGUGAAAAAACUUGAUGUUGCUGCAGAGCCAGAGUCAAAUUUUGAGUUUUUGACUCAGGUUUCCAUGGUUUCGCGACUGAAGCAUGAUAAUCUUGUCGAGUUACUUGGUUACUGUGUGGAAGGAAAUCUGCGUGUGUUAGCAUACGAGUUUGCAACCAUGGGAUCUCUACAUGACAUUUUGCAUGGUAUGAGUUCA